AUGGACGUUUCAAUCAAGCUUGAUCAUCCUAAGGCUACAUUCAGCAAUGGCGAAACAAUAUUUGGAAGCAUCGUCGUUUACUUCCCGACUACAUCUACAGUUUCGAAGAUUACUGCGCGCUUGAUCGGAGAAAGUGAACUGACUAUGCCCGAGACGAGUGGCAUGCUGAACUGGAAACAACAAGAAAAGCAUCGUUUUGUAAACGAAUCACAGGUCGUUGUUCCAUCUCGCUACGUAUUGGAAGAGUCAAAUCAAGACCAUUUGAAACUUCCCUUUGGGUACCACAAUUUCUACUUUGAACUCAAGGUCCCAGAGCUGCCAGAAUCCUGCUGUUGCUCUCCAAACUCUCCGGUAUCACCGUUGAAGAAUGUGGAACAACGAAGUCGCUCUAGCAUCCCACAAGAUCUGCCGCCCUCGAUGAAAGGUCUCGUCAAUGGUUCUGAGGUUUCUUAUCGAAUCGAAGUCGCCGUAACCACAACACGCAACAUAUUCAAGUCCACAGUGAAGAAGAGUGUACCUGUCAGUGUAUGGCCAAUCGACACGCAGCCCAGAUCCAUCACAAACAUGUCGCCCAACACAUUCCCUUGCGUGAAGCGUGUUAAAGCAAGCGUUAUGGGCCCGUCAACUCGGACUCAGAACGAAUCGCAAGAUACCCACCUGAUAUCCACAGUAGACGAGCCGGCUCACGUUCUCGUCUCAGCUAGCUUCCUUCCAAAGUACAAUCUAACACGCGAUCGCAACAUUGCUAUGCGUCUUACUGUCGAGAAGCUCAACUCUUUCCCCCACGAUCUCUAUCUUCAAAGUUUCCAGAUGCUGCUCGUAGGUUACACGGAUAUCACAACAGGAACCACCACAAACAGUCCAGUAUCAUGCUGGACAAUCCAAAGUCUAAGCAACCUCAACACGAAGAUCUUCUCCGCAGUCCAAAAUGGGGAAACGGAGCGAAUUGCUGACCUCAGGUUAUGGGAUGGGAAGAGGUUGCCUAAAGAUGUGCUUCCAAGUUUCGACGCGUGCAAUUUGGCGAGAAGAUAUGAGUUGGAAAUCUUGAUGGGCUUCCAAUGUCGCGACCCAACAACGGAUGAGGGUGGUCGUGUUUUGUUUGUGCAGCUACGCACACCUGUCCGCGUUUCUUCAGGCAUCCUUCCAGGCCGACAGCUAGAUGACCUGGAUGAGGACUUGCUGGGAGAUGACGUCCCACUUGCGUUACAAAUGAAUUCCCUGUCUAUGCAUGAUGGAUUUGGACAACAAAGUCCGCCCCAAUAUGAACCGUCGAGGCUCGGCUUUACCGAUGCGUCUCUGCCACCUGAGCCACCGACGUACGAUGAAGCCAUGAUGAUUUCCAUGAACGAGAGACUGAGGGAGGGGAAGGAGGUCGUUUCUGGGGGCUGGUGA